AUGCCCCCAAAAUUCUUUAAGAUCACGCAGAUACGCUCACAAAUUGCCAGACCCCAGGUGUACAAGGACACGUUGGCGAAGCUGGGAUUGCGCAAGCCCAACCAGGUGGUUUACCAUAAAGUCACUCCACAACAGGCCGGUAUGCUGGCCAGAGUCAAGGAGCUGGUGAAGGUGGAAUUAACGGAUGUUAAAGAGACGAAAUCGCAGAUGAGAGAUGCCAGACGGACGAACCCUGGUUUCAGCGUUGAGAAGAAGUGA